UGACUAGAGCAUUAUGACACGGUCGAAGAUGGAUGGAAAAGUAAAUGGUGGGGAUGGGGAGGAGAAGGGAUAAAACCGAAUCAGGCCGCACACAGGAAUCCGUCCGUCUCCAUGCCAUGGCCCAGCCCUCGCCCCUGGUUUUCCUUCCCCGAAUCAGCCGUUCCUGUUCCAACAUUUAUCCCAGGCUCACCAUUUGUCCCUCUCUCCAUCCGUAUUUCCAUGUCCAUAUGACCCACCCCAGGCACCAAUACCUGUCAUCCUCAUCAAGUCACCUUCUUCCAUCAAUUCGCUACAUGUUUCCAAAAUAGAUCAGCACCACAUUCACAUUUACAUAUCAAGAUAUUCAAAGGAAUCGGAUCACUACUUAUAUCACUCCUAUUUACGCCCAAAUCAUAUAUGGCCGCGAGUUUUGUUUGACCCGCAUCCAAUCGCCCACACUUAUGGACCUCCUUUGAUCGAGCUGUACCACGUACACUCCUUGAAAAAAUUUGAUAUUGUGUUGGGAGUUCGUUUCUGAUCGAUGCUCCUUGACAAUGGGGACUGUCAAAACUGGGAGUGAUCGGAAAGGUAAGAACGGCGUAGCCAGAAAACAGCGGAAAGGGCAGCAGAGAGUGGGGCCGGCGGCGGUUCAGAAUUUGUAUGAUACCUGUAAUGAAGUUUUUGCCGAUUGCAGUCCGGACAUCGUGCCGUCGCCGGAGAAUGUUGAACGGGUCAAGGCUAUAUUGGAUGAAAUGUCCGGGGUAGACGUUGGCCUAUCGCCGUCCAUGCCUUACUUCAAGCCAACAGGAAGUGAUAGGCCAUCAAGAAUCACAUAUAUGGGCAUUCAUGAGUGUGACAAAUUCUCAAUAGGAAUCUUUUGCUUGCCGCCAUCGGGCGUUAUACCACUCCACAACCAUCCCGGAAUGACAGUCUUCAGCAAGAUUCUUUUUGGAGAAAUGCAUAUACAGUCAUAUGACUGGGCGGAUGGUAGCCUUGCUGAUAGUACUCUGAGCAAUGCUUGUGGGGUUCGUUUGGCGAAGAGGAAGGUAAAUUCGGAAUUCAGCGCUCCUUGCAAGAGCAGCAUCCUGUACCCGGAUGAGUGUAAUAUGCACUGCUUCAGGGCACUGACUGCUUGUGCCGUUCUCGAUGUGCUUGUCCCGCCCUACGAUGAUCUUCAAGGCCGUCAUUGUCAAUACUAUUUGGACUACCCCUUUGCCAACUUCUCAGUCGAAGGUGAAGGUGCAUCGGUUCCAAGAGUGGCCGAGGAGGAAAGCUUCGUGUGGCUCAAAGAGCGGGCAAUGCCAGAGGAUUUGACGAUUGUUGGAACUCUGUACAAAGGACCAAAAUUAGCGAAAUGAGUUAAUCAUUCAACGAACUCUCACUGUACAUUGCAUAUAAACUUUGGGUUUUCUCUCCUUUUUUGCCUGGUUAUGCCUUAGAUAAAGAGAUCAGAAAUAGAUGGGGGGAGGAACAAACGUUUUUAAUUCCCUUCUUGCUCUUAUUAGUCUUGUGAUCUGAAUCAGCUUUGUAUAGUUGAAAAUGGAUGAAGUGUUACAUAUCGUCCGUCCUUUAAAAUUUAAAUGUCUUCUUGGAAAAGGAUUUUGUUCUUUUAUCCAACUAGUAUUGUACCUGUGCGAUGCACGGGACAAUUUUAUUUUUAUUGAUUACACAUGUAGAAUUCUGUCAUGCAAUUAAAUACACUUGUGUAUUCAAUUAAAAGCGUGCAUAUGUAUGUCUUCAAGAGUCAUGGCAUUAAUGAUACAAAAGAUUGUA